CUGCCGGAAAUUGGUCUGAAUGUCGUUUUAAUAAAGAAUUCAGUAUGACAGAAAAAUAAUAGUUUAUUUUAAGUAAUUAUAAUAAUUAUCCGUAGAAAGUAACAUAAUAUUGAUUUUUGUGCCAGAAGAAAACAUAUAAUAACUAUUUUAUAUUUCGCGGAAAAUUAAGACAUGUGAGACGGAUUACGAUAAUGUAAGUAAAAAGCAGACGUGAAGUAACGUUCGGCGCGUAAACUUUGGUUAAGAUGGUGAAACCAAAGUACAGACGCCAUGGGUUCGUUUCGAAAACGAAGAAGGAGAGAUAUGAAAAAGUAUCUGCAGGGCAAUUGACCCGAUGGAUUAGGGGAGCUAUUCUUAGAGACCACAAUUACUCCGCCAGUGCAACUCCUGUUAACAUUGAUCAUGAUCAAGAAUUGCCAAAUUUAAAUAUACUGGAAAGAGAGGAGGUGGUGGAUGGGGGAGAAGUGACUACAUCUGAGGAUUGGAAGGAGGGAAGGAGAGUGGUAGAACUUGGAGUGUUAGCUGAGGGCUUGCGGGGAUGUUGUAAAUGUGGCUUACCAUUGCAACUUUCACACACAAUUUCUGUACUGACACAUGGUUUAGCUUCUUUGUUAAAGGUCUGUUGCAGCAAUACAAAGUGUAAUCAUAUUAACCAUGUAAAAACGGGGAAAAAACAUGGAAAAGUGUGGGAUGUAAAUACAAAACUAUCAGCAGCAAUGGUACAUGUUGGCAUUGGUGUAACUCAAGUUAACAGUCUCCUUUCUGAGCUGAAUAUACCACCUGUUAGUCAUGCCAUGCUAGACAAUAGACAGAAAGAGAUUGGCAGAGCUGUCCAAGAUGUUGCUGCAGAGUCUAUGUCUAAUGCUUUGCAGAAGGAACUGGGAAUGAUGAAUGAAGAGAUGAAUGAAAAGGGACUAGUUGUUGCUGUAGAUGCUGGAUGGCAAAAACGGGGAAGUGGAAAGACAUAUGAUAGUUUGUCAGGUCAUUGUUCCAUGGUUGGCCCUCUCUCUGGCAAAGUAUUGUCAUAUUCUGUGAGGUCAAAGAAUUGCAGAGUAUGCAGUGUAGCUGAAACAACCAACAAGAAUCCAGCAGCCCAUGAGUGCUCAAAGAACUGGGAGGGAAGUUCAAAGGCCAUGGAGGCAGAUAUGGUUAUUGAGAUGGUAGAAGAUUUACAGAAAAGUGAAGGAAUAACCAUUGACGGAAUCAUAGGAGAUGAGGAUACCACCACAAUAGCAAGAUUAAAAACUAAUGUCAAUGCUAAUAUCAAGAAGUUGUCUGAUAAAAAUCAUCUGAAGAAACUGUUUACAAACUCUUUGUUUACCUUGAAGAAAGAACAUUCAUCUCUAACUUUGUCUGUUAUAAAGUAUAUUCAAAAGUGCUUCAGUUACUCCAUAGCACAGGGAAAAGGAAAUGCUCUUCAAAUCCAAGAAGACCUCUCAUCAAUACCAUACCACAUCUUUGGAGAUCACGAACACUGCUCCGCACGGUGGUGCAAGUUCAUCGACAACCCUAACCUGCGCUACAAGUCUCUUCCACAAGGAAAACCGCUCAAAGAUAGGUUCCUUCAGGAUGAUCUCAAAGAAGUUUUCAGUUCAUAUGCAAGUCAUUCUGAUCGUCUUUCAUGUUUAGGAAGCACGCAAUCAAAUGAGAGUUUUAACAGAAUGGUGUCUGCAAAAGCCCCAAAGACCCAUCAUUACAGCUCCUCUUCAAGCCUCAGAUAUAGAGUUGCUGCGUGUGUAGCUCAGAAAAAUGAAGGUCACAGAUAUCUUAUAAAGGUGAACAAGAAAUUAGGCCUCUCUCCUGGCUACUAUACUCGAAGACAGUGCAUUCUGAGGGAUCUCCAAAGAAAACGACAGAAGGCCAUUUCAAUGACACAGAAAUUUAAAAGGAGAAGGAGAGAAUUGAAAGCCAAGAGAAUUCAAAGUCUUUCUACAAAAGAGACAAGGGAAGGCGUCAGUUAUUUGACAGGAUGUGAUCUCCACCAUGCCUCGGACAUUGAUGAAAUUCCAGCUCCAAAAACAAUUCCAAAGUAUGAUCAUCUUCCUUCAAGUCAGUUGUUAAAUGCUGAAGAGAUCUAUUUCGACUUGGAAACUACUGGACUCGCAAGGGAUUCUCAUAUUGUGCAGUUAUCUGCAGUUAGAAAUGAUGAGGUAUUCAACAAGUACAUCAUUCCAAAAAAACCAAUGACAUCAAAAGCUACAGAAAUAACUGGAAUACAAGUAGUCAACAAUAAAAUGUACCACAAUCAUGAGGAAGUUGAGACAGUCAGCAUUAAAGAUGCUCUGAUCCAGUUUAUGGACUUCAUGAAGAUGUCGGGUCCAGAUGUUGUUCUAGUUGGGCAUAACUCUAAAGUGUUUGACCUUCCUGUGCUCUUCAACAUUUUGAGUAAACUAAACAUUUUGGAGACAUUUUCAUCUGCAGUCACUGGCUUCAUUGAUACAAUUCCUCUUUUCAAAAUGACACAUCCAAACCUUUCGUCAUACUCGCAGUUACACCUCUUUGCAGAAAUUCUACAAGACAAAUACAGUGCGCAUGACUCAUUACAGGAUGUCAUAGCCUUGAAGAGAUUGGUCGAUCAUACAGGACCCUCCCAUGAAGUCAAAGUUGCUGCAUCCUUCACCUUGAACUCUGCCGUUGCCGUGUUUCAUCACAAGAACACAACAAAGCAUCUAAUGAGUACACUAAGGCCUUUAUUGGACCAAAAGGUAAUUUCGAAUGGAAUGGGAAAUAAGAUUGCCGGCAGUGGACUCUCCUUAUCCCACUUACAACUUGCAUAUCAGAGAAAUGGUAGGGAGGGAGUGCAGGAUGUGCUGUCAGAGAUAGCUGAUAAUAGUGUGCGUGUGACAAAAUCUAAAAAAAUCAUUGAUUCUGUUGCAGAUUAUUUCAGGUCUGAGCAGUAAUGCAGUUAUUUGUUUGUGAAUGUAUGAUGUUCUUUGUAUGUUAUUGUUUGUUUGUUUGUUUUACGUCCCUUUGAGAAUUUUUCACUCAAAUUGGAACCCCACGAGUUGUUGAUGUACUAGUAAUGCCCCCGCUCUGAGCACUGAUGUGAAUAUACCCUCUGAUGUGAAUAUACACAAGUUCAGCUAUGGACAGACACAGGAAUAAACAGGAAGUUGACACUGGAUUCGUACAAAAAUGAAUCCCACCAAAUGGCAUGCCUAAACAAAGAGUGUGCUAAGAUUUCAAACAUCUCCGAUGAGUAGUUGCUGAGAAAACUGUGACGAAAAUUUGUUAUGCAUGGUAUUGACAGACGCACAGAUAAACAGGAAGUUGAAAUUGGAUUCGUACAAAAUAAAUCUUACUAUAUGGCAUGCCUAAACAAAGUGAGUGUUAAAACUUCAAGUAUCUGCUAUAAGUGGUUGCUGAGAAAACUGCGACAAAAAUUUGUUAUGGACAGACAGACACACAAGGAUAAAACAGUAUAUACUCCCUCUCCUUCGGAGUGGGGGUAUAAUUAUGCAAUGCACUGUUGUAUAUGAAACAUGUUUCAAUGUCUAGUGUUAUUGGUAGUUUGUAGUUGAACAAAACAUUUUCUUUCCAUUCAAAAUAAAUCCAAUUUAGAAACUGAAUUGACAAUGAUUUAUUGACCAUACAUGAGAAUCUAAAUUCUGUUCAUUGAUAUUUAUUGAAGAAAGCUAUGUGCAUAAAUUGAAAUAUGCACAAAUGAAUAUGAAAGGACAUACUGCAAAUGUAUAUUGUGCAUGCACUAUACUUGGUGGUGAUUAAUUUUUCAACAAGUCAAGCUAGGUUUGAUUUUGGCACAUUUCUGAUUGUGUACCAAUAAAUAUACACGUCAUAAAGUUUGUGAUGUUCUUGAUAUAGCGGAAGCAGCUUUCUGUCAAAGACGAUAAAAAACCUUUAUGUUUACAGUAUACAGCAGUGCCAUUAAAUUUUUGUAUGUUACAUGUACCGGUAACAAUUUGAAAUACCGAUAACUAUCACAAUGUCUGUAAACUUUUCACAUUUUUGAUUUCUUCUCAAGAACCACUGGACCAAUUUCAACCAAACUUGCCACAAAGCAUCCUUGGGGUAAGGGGAUUUAAGUUUGUUCACAGGAGUGCCACGCCCUCUUUCAAGGGAAGAUAAUUAAGAAUUUGGUAGCAUCUUUAAAAAAAUUUCUCAAGAACCACUGGGCAAGAGAAGAUGAAACUUGUGUGAAAGCAUCAUUACAUACUGUAGAUUUAAGUUUUGUU